UCGCACCCAACCUGUCACUGCCACACACGUUUGACAUUCCGUUGCACACCCUCUGGCUGGAGGACGGCAGACAUUUUCCUGCACACACCCGUCACUGUCAGCUCAUUUUCACUCUCAAUCAAUCGCCCUUUCAAGUUUCCUGUGGAGAAAAAAGCUUUUUACCCGUCGUUAUCGCCCGCCAAAGGCGCCAAAAGUGUCGCAACUUCCGGCCGAACGCACAACCGUCACUUUCGCGCCGUUUUCGUGCCGCGUCCGCUCUGCAAAGUAAAAAACAACGGUCCCAAAGUUGGCGGCCAAGGCCAAAUUGCCAACAUCCGCAGGGCACUCUUUUUUUUCUCGCAGUGUUGGAGCGCAGAACAAAGAUGGCGGCCCACCUCCUCCAGUCGAGCCCGUGCGAGAGAACAGCUGAGCAGCAGUGAGAUAAACAUUCGAGCUGCUGUCUCGCUCGCUCCCACACCCACACGCGAGUAGGCAGAGUAGGCGUUUGUUUGUGGUGGUGAGACCUGUCACCUGGUGCGCGCGAUUAGGGCCAGCUGAUUCUGGCGAGAACAUAAAAGACGCAAAACGCAACAGGCGCUCCAAAGGUGGUGCAUCGUACGUGACCUGGGAGCGAAUUCCGGUGGACCGUUUUCUUCGAAUUGGCUUACGUGGCGAGUUUCGCACAAAUUUCUUCACAAACUAUUCAAAUUCAGCAAACAAUGGCGCUAAUGGACGAACUGUGGCGCGAGUGCGCGGCCUGGCUGACCCGGUGCGGCAUCAUUCCGGCGGAUCACAUCGCAAACCAGCCGGAGUCGGAGAUCAAAACGCUGGCUGCCAUCCUGCGCGACGGAGUGCUGCUCUGCAAUCUGCUCAACUUUCUGGAUCCGCAGUCGUUCGAUAUGCGGGACUUUAACCGCAAACCCCAGAUGGCACACUUUUUGUGCGUACAGAAUAUAAAAUUAUUUUUGGAGAUAUGUAAGUCAAGCUUCGGCCUAAAGGAUUCGGACUUGUUCGAGCCGACGAUGCUGUACGACCUGUCCAACUUUCACCGCGUUCUGGUAACGCUCUCGAAGCUGUCCCAGUGUCGGAAGGCUCAAACUCUCACCAACAUUCCUGGUUUCAACUUUGAAGUGUCACAAACCGACAAGAGUAGCUCAGAUGAGGAUAUUUACAAGGAUUUGCACGUCGCAACGGUGAAUCACAUGACGUGUGCUGGCCACGACGAGCACGAUUCCAAGGUGGAGGAGGUGUAUCAGGAUUUGUGUUCUAUACAAAUUACCCGGAAUCAGCACUCGUCGAUCAUCAGCUACGAGCAGCGUGACUUUGUUAUAAAAGAGCUGGUGGAUACCGAGACAAACUAUUUAGAGGCUUUAAUGGCGCUAAAGUAUAAGUUUAUGCAACCGCUGGAGAGGGUGUUGCAGAAAGAUGUGAUACGUGUUAUAUUCCCGUGCAUACGAGAGUUGUGUGACAUUCACGAGACGUUCCUGAGCAAGCUGCGCGAGGCAACGGCGACGGACGCCAAGAUAAAGCUGAGCAGUGUGUUUCUGGAGUUCCGGGAACCGUUCCUAAUCUAUGGUGAUUAUUGUUCCAGCAUGACCAACGCAACGGAUGCGCUGCGGGAUGUGUGCAAAAAGACCAGCAACAUUGAACAGGUCGUUAACCAAUGCCAAAAAGAGCACAGCGGCGGGCGACUGCAGCUGCGUGACAUUCUCUCUGUGCCAAUGCAACGAAUUCUGAAGUAUCAUUUGCUGCUGGACAAGCUAGUCCAGGAAACGAAUCCGUCACAUGAAGAUUUCCGUGGCCUUGAGCGGGCCAAAGAGGCCAUGGUGGAUGUUGCACAAUAUUCCAACGAAGUCAAACGAGAUUCCGAGCAUCUAGUCGUUAUACAGAAGGUUAAGGAAAGUAUUUUAGAUCUGAAUUUACCCAGUGGAAACAAUCUGGAGCAGUACGGGCGGCUACUGCUGGACGGAGAGCUGAACAUCAAAGCGCACGAAGAUCAGAAGACCAAGCAUCGGUACGCGUUCGUGUUUGAGAAGGUUAUGAUCUUGGUGAAGAACUCGAAUACCAAAAUUGGGGAAGGGCAGUACGUGUUCCGGGAGGCGCACAACCUGCAGGACUACCGGGUCGAGAUAUGUCAUUCCAGGCGGACGUUGGGCCGGGACGGAAGGCUGAAAUACUCGCUACUGCUGGCACGGAAGACGCAAUCGACGGCAUUUACACUGUACAUGAAAACGGAGGAGGAGCGUGACAAGUGGAAGCGGGCAUUUGACAUUGCGAUGGAGAUGUUGGAUCCGAUCGGGUGCCGCAACACGGACCACAUGUUCUACGUGUGUACCUUUGAGACUCCGGUGGUUUGCCGGCACUGUUCCAAGUUUCUGAAGGGCAAGAUCCACCAGGGAUAUCGGUGCAAGUGCUGCGAGAUAAUUGUCCACAAGGGGUGCAUUUCGUCGACCGGGAGGUGCAAACAGAAUCAGUCGCCUCCGCCGGUCUGCGAUCGGUUGCUGUCGGAGUUCAAUUGGUUUGUGGGCUCGAUGGAUCGGGACGCUGCAACGCACAAGCUGGAGAAGAAGAAAAGUGGCACGUAUCUGCUACGGGUCCGUCCACAAGGUGCAUCGAACUCGUACGAGACGAUUUAUGCGUUAAGUUUGAAAACAGAUAGUAAGGUUAUAAAGCACAUGAAGAUAUACAAAAAGCAGGACAAUUUAAUGGUUCUGUACUAUUUAUCAACGCGGAGACACUUUAAGACGAUCGUCGAGCUGGUGUCGUUCUACGAGCGGAACGAUUUGGGCGAGAACUUUGCCGGACUUAACCAGACGCUGCAGUGGCCGUACAAGGAGGUCAUCGCCACGGCGCUGUACGACUUUUCCCCUACCGAGUCGAACCAGUUACCGCUGAAGCAGGGCUGUCACGUCGUAAUCAUCGGCAAGGAGGGCGACAGCAAGGGCUGGUGGCGCGGCAAAACGCUCGAAAAGGUGGGAUUCUUCCCGAAGGAGUACGUCCGCGAGCACCAGCCGACCCCGGACGAGCAAUAACGUCACGACGACCGUCACUUUGCCAAAUUUACUACUACAAACUGUGAUGAAUCUCUAUUUCCCGUGCAUUGUCGUUGUUAUUGGUUAGCCUCGCGGAAGAACAAGCAAACUAUUAAACGUAAAUAUCCUAGAAUAACGCUCAAAC